UUCGCAUUCCGUUUGUUCUCGCAACUGUGACUUGACCGAGGUGUAGUCGUAGGCUUGAGCUGACCUGCUAGACAAGUGUUUCUGUUUGGCAGAUAGUAAGGAUCUUCACAGAGCAGCAGCAGUAAUGUCGUUAACAUCAGCUCAAGUAGCUCUCAUUGAGUCAACAUGGAAGGUGGUCAAAAAGGAUUUGCAAGGAGCAGGAAACAUCAUGUUCUUAAAGCUUUUCCAGAUUGAUGUUUCGGUGAGAGACAAGUUCCCAUUCAGAGACGUUCCAUAUGAAGAGCUCGAAGACUCGGAGUCAUUCCUCAAGCAUUCCCUCCAGGUCAUGGAGACCAUUGAUCUUGCAAUAACUCUCCUCUUAGGAGGAGAAAUGGAGAAACUUGUAGAAGCACUUGUAGACCUGGGAAUGGCUCAUGCUAUGCAGGGCCUAAAGCCUGAGGACUUUGAUCAUGUUGGUGAAGCCCUAGUUCAUGCACUAGGGGUGGCACUUGGUAAAGAAUUUAAUGACGAAGCAAAAAAAGCUUGGACUCUUUUGUACUCUGUUGUCACUGCUAAAAUGAAAGAAGGACUGAAAGAAGCACAAGAAGAUUAAAACUUCUCUCCCCCUCUCCCUCCCUUUACUCCACAUUACCUUUCUAUUUAUUUCUCUCACUCAUUCACAUGCACUGUAGCUACCAGCCAUACAUUUUUAAAGUUUAUUAUUAUUUUAUUCUAACUACAUGUAUAAUUAUUAUUAUUAUCGCUAUCAUUAUUAUUCUUUAUGUCAAUGAAGGCUGCACAGUUGGUCAUCUACCCAUUUUGAUCAGAAAAGUGGCAUUAAAUGAGAUGGAAAAAAAGACUUUCAUUAUUGUA